GUACUUCUCUCCAUCAGCGAGCCCAACACUACUUCACUCGAUCACCCCACCCUACCUCAACAACAACAACAACAUCCAUCAUGUCCGGUCGUGGAAAGGGCGGCAAGGGCCUCGGCAAGGGCGGCGCUAAGCGUCACCGCAAGGUGCUGCGCGACAACAUCCAGGGCAUCACCAAGCCCGCCAUCCGCCGUCUCGCGCGCCGUGGUGGUGUCAAGCGUAUCUCGGGUCUCAUCUACGAGGAGACGCGUGGUGUUCUCAAGAUCUUCCUCGAGAACGUCAUCCGCGACUCGGUCACCUACACCGAGCACGCCAAGCGCAAGACCGUCACCUCGCUUGACGUCGUGUACGCCCUCAAGCGCCAGGGCCGUACCCUCUACGGUUUCGGCGCGUAAGCGUUGUCGCCACCGCCUCUGGCCCGGCCAUCACCAUCACCUUCGUUCUUUGUCCGUUCGCCCGCUCGUUCGUUCCUUCGUUCGUUCACCCCCUUCGCCCUCGACUCGCCUCGAGCCUUUGUACUCUAUCUUUUAGCUGAACGCCGCUGCGCUAGACGCAGCGAGCGACUUUAUGAACAUCGUUCCUUUUA